UUUCGCUCAUUCACAGAAGGCACCAGUCCAUCUGGCUUUCCGCCACACUAUCAAGGAGAUCGAACUGGGCACCAUGAGACAUGGAAAGUUCGCUCGUGUCUCAAUGCUGACGGACGAAGUCUUCCAUCUUGUUCACCCAAACUCGCAAACUUUGAGUACACGAAAUUGACAUGGGCUUGCGAUGCGUGAGAAUUGCGCGUUCGACAUGUACCCAAUCGCCGCCUCUACGAUCUGCUCGACCACGCCCAUCUCCUCUUCGUUCCUCGGCGCAUACACGAAGGUCCACUCGUUCGGCGGACCGGGCACGCCGGGUCCCGCGAGGGGAUGGCGCUGCCCCCAGCCCUUGCCGACCACCUCCCUCCCAUCCGCCGCCGCGAGCGCGAGGUGCAGCGUGAAGUCGUGGUAGUCGUGCAUGUGCGCGAUCUCGCCCUUGGUCCGCCGCACCGUCUCGCUCGCGGGGAGGCCCUCGGGCAGCGGCACGUCCGCGUUCAGGAAGAUCGCGGCCGCGUGGAACUCGAACGUCGAGCGCGCGAUGUGCGUAUUGGCUGCGUGCCGCGCCUGGACGCGCGGGAUGACGGUGUCUUUGAGGCACGCGGCGCCGAAUGCGGGGUCCGUGUGCUGGCUGAGCUGUGGGUGGGUGGGUGGGUCAGAUGGGGAAGACGUUUUCUGUAUCUGUGGUGGGCCACACCUGCCGCUGGAUGAUGUGGCUGGUGGUUUUGGGGCGGGGGCCCUCGCGCUGAGCGAGAUCCGCGAGCCAGCGACGUUUCUCGGGCAUGCGGUCGUAGAUCUCGAGCCCGAGCUGCUCUUGGCGGAAGAGCGCGAGCACGAGCACGAUGAUGUAUCCUCGAACGUUCUGGGGCGCAUAGGACGGGCCGCCCUUCAGGAAUGUCUCGUAGUCUUUCUUGACGAAGGGGAACGCUACUGCCGCUGCCACGAGGGCACCCAGCACGAGAGUCUGAAUCCAAUCCCUUAAAAGGUUGUAGACCCGGGUGUAAUUCGGCCUAACACGGUCAGAGCCGUAAAUUGGGAUCUGCGUCAAACCCUUUUGGGACUUCAGAUUCGAUCAUGUUCUCCAUUUCCGUUGUAGCAAGGGAGCAUUCUUUAGGGACCCGUGCUCUCUCGAUAUCCAUCAUUCCAACAUGAACGCCCCCGAUAACGUUCUCGAUAUUAUUGUUGUCGGUGCUGGCCUGGUUGGUUUCGCGGCCACAGCUGCUCUACGCCGACAAGGUCAUCGUGUGACCAUCUAUGAGACUUCCAGCUUCAAGAACGAGUUAGGAGCUGGCCUGGCUAUUCCACCCAACACUGUCCGUGGUCUGAUUGGCUUGGGAUGUGUGAUUGAGAACCUGGACCCGGUGGAGAAUCUCUGUUUCACAGCCGUCGCUUUUGACGGAAGUGCUGGUAUGCGCAGUGACCAGACCAACUACGAAGCAAGCUACGGCCUUCCCUGGAUCAUGGUGCACCGCGUCGAUUUGCACAAUGAGCUUCGUCGGGUUGCUCUCAGUGCGGAGGGGAACAUUGGUCCCCCAGCCGACCUGCGCCUGGAUCACCGAGUCAGCUCGUGCGAUGUCGAGGAAUGCACCGUGACGCUGAGUAACGGGGAUACCCACCGCGCAGAUCUGAUCAUUGGGGCAGACGGGAUCCAUUCUACAAUCCGAUCCUUCGUCGUAGGCGAGGAAAUCGUCAUCCCGCCCUCCAAGACGGCCGGUUUCCGCUGGCUCACAGAGAGCACUGCGUUGGAGCCUUACCCAGAAUUGGACUGGAUUGUGAAGAUCCCACCACUCGGCGCACGGCUGAUCUCUGCGCCAAUGAACCCUGCGCCACCACAAGUCGACCACCGGACGAUCAUCAUCUAUGCCUGUCGUGGAAGUACACUGAUAAAUGUACUCGGAGUCCACGAGGAUCUCCGCGAUCAAGAUACAGUCCCCUGGAAUGCACCCGUAACCCAAUCGGAGCUGCUCCAGUUCUUUGGCGACUACCAUCCGCGGUUCAAACGGUUGUUGGAGCUCGCGAAUGAUGUGCAUGUGUGGCAGAUGCGAGUAGUGCCCCGCUUGAAGACCUGGGUCAAUCGUCGGGUGUGCAUUAUGGGCGAUGCUGCGCAUGCAUCACUCCCCACGCUGGGUCAAGGUUUCGGAAUGGGGCUCGAGGAUGCAGUCGCUCUUGGAACACUCCUUCCGCUUGGGACAACUCCCGAAGAGAUCCCGGACCGUCUCACCCUCUGGCAGGAUCUCGUCAAACCUCGGGCUGAGUUUGUCGCGACUGAAUCCUACGAACAGCAGCAUAUUCCUGCGAAACGGGGACUCUAUCUUCGCUCGCAGGAGAUGCGCGACUGGGUCAUGGGAUAUGAUGUCCAGGCUGAGGCACAGAAGGUCUUGGCGGGAGCUGUGAAUAGAUCCAAGGGAUAAAUCCAUUCGACACGUGAUUUGAUUUGUGAAUUAGUAUGCCUCCAGAGAAUGUAUCAGGCCUCUCUCAUUUGUCUCCUACUUUCAUCGCCAGACAAUGGGAGCCGUCGGUAAACUCCACUAGAGAGUUCCACCCAUCUGCUCAUGAUUAGCUGCCAGUGCA